GCGGUUCUGUCCCAACCCAGCCCGGAAGCAGAAUGGAAAUGGGAGAGAAGAACAUUCUGUGCAAUAGUGUGGUGGCUCAUGAUUUUGAAGAAGUUUGCCCAGAGAGGGUGAUCAAGUUUAAGCCUCCACUGUACAAGCAACGAUACCAGUUUGUUAGAGAUUUAGUGGAUCGUCAUAGACCCAAGAAGGUUGCAGAUCUGGGAUGUGGUGAUACUGAACUCCUAAGGCUGCUAAAAAUCUACCCAUGCAUUCAACUGCUUGUUGGGGUAGAUAUCGAUGUGGAAAAAUUACAGACUAAUGGACAUCACUUAUCUCCCUACUUGGGAGAAUUUGUAAAGCCCCGGGAUCUAGACCUGACCGUCACCCUGUACCAUGGCUCUGUUGUGGAGAGAGACUCUCGUUUGCUCGGAUUUGACUUGAUAACAUGCAUCGAACUAAUAGAGCAUUUGGACUCAGAGGACCUGGCCAGGUUUCCUGAGGUGGUGUUUGGGUACCUCUCUCCAGCCAUGCUCGUCAUCAGCACCCCGAACUCCGAAUUCAACCCCCUGUUUCCCACAGUCACCCUGAGAGACGCAGAUCAUAAGUUCGAGUGGAGCCGAGUGGAGUUCCAGACCUGGGCUUUACGUGUGGCCAAUCGCUAUAACUACUGUGUGGAGUUCACUGGGGUGGGGGAGCCUCCGGUGGGAGCAGAGCAUGUCGGGUACUGCACCCAGAUAGGUGUCUUCCAGAAAACCAGCGGGAAGGCUCCGGAAGCCUGUGCUUCAGAGCAGCGCGAACGGCACGUUUACAAAGUGGUCUACACCACCACCUACCCGAGCCUGCAGCAGGAGAAGAUGCUGAAGUGCGUGCUGGUGGGGGAGGUGCUGGUCCAGGUGGACCGCCUGCGGCUGCGCACGCUGCGGGCGGGGGAGCGGGGGGCGCGGGGGGCGCGCCCGGGGCCCCCCGCCGCGGACGCCCCCCCGGGCCCCCACCCGGCGCUGGGCACCGCGCUCACCGAGGCCGAGCGGCGCCGCAUCGAGCGCUCGCCGCGGCCCUUCUGCGCGGGCGGCAAGUUCUUCGUGCCCCUGCAGCGGCUGCUGGCCUACCCCAAGCUGCGGCGCUUCCAGCUGGCCGAGGAGCGGCUGCGGGCGCUCAUCGCCGACUCGGUGAGCCUCAGCGCCGACGGCUCCGCGGUCGUCGUGGACCUGCACAACCCCUGGGAUUACCGGCCCGAGGACAGCUGA